AUGGACUUGUUAAUAUUUGCAAUACAAUUGGAAGAGAGGAAUCGAUUAGAAUUUGCAAAUGGUUCUUCGAUCUCUCACCUGAUUUUUACCCUUGGAUCGAAUAUGAAUGGACGAGCAAGCAAUUCACCUUUGAGUAUAAGGGAGAAACACACGUUCUCUGGGAUGGAUUCACGUUACAAAUUGGAACCAAGACAAAGAGCAUCACACAUGAACACGCAAUCUAUACAG